AUUAUAAGAUUGGUUUGGAACGAUUUGGUGUCUUGUCUUCAUUUUGCGAAACUCAGGGAAUCCAUAUAGAUAAUACACAGCUUGGAUGGCGAUUUUAACAAGUACAGCAGCAACAACAAGCGUUCAGUCGUGGAAUAUCGGUGGCGUAAAGGCCUUUGCAGCUUCAACCUCACCAUCAUUUCUUAGAUUCCCCCCUCAACUUGCCUUCUCUAAUCGCCCUCUUACCUCCACUUCACGCCCUCCAUUUUCCACUCUGGUUAAAGCAAAGAAGCAAUCAUUUUCAACUUUUGAUGAAAUGCUGGCAACUUCUGAAAAACCUGUACUGGUGGACUUCUAUGCAACCUGGUGUGGUCCUUGUCAAAUGAUGGUCCCUAUCCUUAAUGAAGUUAGUGCUUCUUUGGAAGACAAAAUUAUGAUUGUAAAAAUUGACACUGAGAAGUACCCAGGCAUUGCAGAUAAAUACAGCAUCCAGGCAUUGCCAACUAUGAUCAUUUUUAAGGAUGGGAAACCCUGUGAUCGCGUGGAGGGUGCUUUGACUGCAAGCCAGCUUAUUCAGCGGAUUGAGACCACACUGAAAGUAAAGCAGUAAGUGUCGAGGGAAUUCUACUGUAAAGCAGUUUCGAGUUGAUCAUCAGAUUCAAAUCACAAUAUUAUACUUUAAAUUAUGUUAAAGUUGCCUGAGUAGUCUGACUGAAGUUUAGUACACUUUGAUGUUAUAUUUGGAUUUUUUUUUGUACUGUGACAUAGGGAACAGUACAACUAAACUCAUGUUCAUACCA